ACGACUUUCUAUUUCUGGCCUCUACAGAAACCCUGUCUCUUGACUGCUGUGGGCUGGUUUUAGCUGAGGACUUGAAGGAGAUGGUUGUAAAGCUUCCUCUUGUGCUGCACUGCAGUGCCACCGCGUGUUCAGGGGGAGAGAGCCAGAGAGAGUAUCACUUGUCUGCACAUUCAUUACUCAUCAAGAAGUCUCUUUAUGAACCCUUUCUACACUCAAGUCAUUCCACUGUGACUCAUGCAGACAAAGUCAUCCCCGAGAUAAUGUAACUGAUCAAUGCACUGGCAGUCAAGGGCAAAGACGCUGUAAUUCUACCUCGACUCAUUAAGGAGGUAAGGAUGCAUGAUAAGACGAGACAGCCUUCACAGGGCAAUCUGUUUAAACACUUGAUCUGCAUUGCGGAUAUCAUUAAUUCAAUUCUAUCCAGUCCAAAUGAACAAUACGAUACGUUUUUGAUAUCCAUCAAUUUGGAUGCCAGCUUUAAAAUCCUUUAGAGUCUCAUCUCAGAUUUCUACAAUAUUAGUCCAAUUUGUAAUAUCAGAUAUCCCCCCAAAAAGUGAAGUAUAUAUAUACGAACCCGUUUUAAUUAAUUACCUACACAACUCAGAAUGACGUCAUAGAUGGUCCGACUUGACGUAACGUAAUGAGUUAAUACAAUAAUAAUGACGGUCAAAGUUGGACCCGAGGAUGACCACUUUCCCUUUAUGAUUAUAAUCGGAUGACGUCAACAAUGCAGAUGCAGUGCUGCGAGUUACGAGAAGUGGCACAAACAUCAGAUGGAGAAUCGGAUAGAACCUCAUUCCAGGAUGUUGAGGAAAUGCGACGUUUAGGCGACAACGUGUGGGCAUUUUAAGUAUCGUUUCCCUGUAUUCUUUAGAUUGUAUUUAGUUUACCUCCUUGAGUCUAGUCUUUAGAUAUUAUUUUAAAACAUGCACCAUAAACACAUGCUUUACAAUAUGCCUAGUCAACACAUUUCCUCUGUGCAGUCGUGUAUGGAGCCAUAGGUUUCUUAUUACCGAGCUCAUCAGCGGCAUGUGAACGCAGCAUCGGACAGCCCCCAAAACACAGAACGUACUUCCCGGGAUUUCCACGCGUGCCGUUGCCAUGGAGACGAGUUUGUUUCUUUUCUCCGGCUCACACGAAGUGAAUGGUUGUUUUUGUAAAUAAAACCUAAAACCGGCAUGCCCGUGACUGUCCUCGCUGUCCAGACGAGCUUUGGAACGACUGAGUGUGAGCACCUUUAAUUAAAGUUUCCCCAGCGCCGCCCUUCUGCCCCAUGACGAGCUGCAGAGUAGCAGAGGGCCGCCUGCAGGUCCUUCAGAUCUACCGCUUGCUGCAGUGCGUCCAUGAAGGCAACAACGAGCAGAUAGAGAAGAUGGUGAACCUCGCGAUGGAAAACCUCAUCAACCUCACCGAGCCGCAAGGCGGCACGGGGGUCCUUCAUGUGGCGGCUUCAGCUAACAAUCAGGACAUGGUCGGCUUCCUUCUUUCUCUGGGAGCACAUCCUGACAUGCAGGACAAGAAUGGCCACACCGCGGCUAUGUUAGCUGCUGAGCUGGGCAAUGAUUCCAUAAUGUCUCUGCUGGCCCAGCGCCAUGCUGAUAUGCGACUUCGAGAUACUGAGGGAAAAGGUGUGCUCUUCUACUGCAUCUACCCCACCAAGCGGCAUACCCGCUGCCUGCAGAUGGCCCUGAAGGGCCGGGCAGACGUCAACAACGUUUCGGCGCAGGGAACUCAUGUCUUCCAGGCAAUGUGUGAAAAGGCCCAGCAGUGCAGCCCAAUGUGUCUCAUCGUGCUGGUUGCAGGUGCAGACCCUAACGCAACAAAUCAGAAAACGGGUGUCACCGCGUUGAUGGAGGCGGCCAAGGCGGGCUCCCUGCGGCUCGUUAAAGCCAUUCUCAGGAAAGGGGCCAACCCCAACGCUCUGGAUGGAAAACUCCUCACAGCGGUGCACUAUGCCGCCAUGGGGGGCUUCUUAGAGUUGAUACAGGUGCUGUCGGCCCACUCAGCAGACAUGGGGGUGAUGAACCAGGAGAACUGCACAGCCCUCCACUACGCCGCCGCCACGGGCAACGCUAACUGCUGCAAGUUCCUGGCCCAGAGAGGUUGUAACCCCAAACUGAAGAACCAGGAGGGUUUGCUGCCACGUCAGAUUGCCAGAGAGGCUGGUCACAAAGCAGCAGCCAAGGAGCUGAGGAAAGCAGAGCGGCAGCAGGGGAAAGGCAGCAAAUCCAACCGCGUAGGCCUCACAUCAGAUCUCUGGGCUCUAAAGCUCCACGACUGGACUCACGAGUACGAGGCUGAACUCCACCAAGCCUUUGGGACCAACUCGGACUCAGUUACCACCGACGUGUUCACUUCGGUGCUGGAAGACCUGACAGCUCCCGUUGGACCAGAGCAGCUCAAGACAGUGAUCUCGGCACAUGACAAGGGAAAAGAGGGCCGCGUCAACAUCAAUGACUUCAUCAAAGGUGUCAAGUACAUCAAGAAACCGUUCCUCCACUCCUCUUAUAUGCCCAAAAAGAAAAAGGGAGAGAAAAAAGGAAAAGGAGGCAAGAGGAAGGGUAAAUUUGUCCUCCCCAUGCCCAUUUGCACCCUCCCCCCGGAGCUCAUGCCCCGGCGAGCGGACGGAGGCCCACCCCACUUCAUGAUUAAGACAUACUACGACUGCUCAGACAUCCGCCGCUUCGACCGCGAUCACCCGCCACAACAUCCCAUCAUGAAUGACUCAGGAUGGUAUUUAGAAAAGCCAGAGGACGUCUACGCCAACAUCAGCUACUGCGUGAAGAGUGGAGACCUGGAGUCUCUGGACCUGGCUCUCAAUCAGGGGGUCCCCGUGGAUGUCCAAGACCAGUUCUACAAGACCCCGCUCAUGGUGGCCUGCUGCAGCGGGAACCUCCAGGUGGCUCAGUACCUCCUCAGUCGGGGGGCGGAUGUGAAUGUGUGUGACCAGUUCUUCUGGACGCCCCUCCACCACGCCGCUCACGCUGGCCAAGUGGAAGUCGUUGAACUCCUGUUGGCGGCCGGGGCCUCCCUAGAGGCCCGGGCCCUCGGCGGAGGAACGCCCCUCAUCAGAGCCAUCGAAAGCUCUCGACCCUCCUGUGUGGACGUCCUCAUCAAGGCGGGCGCCAGUGUCACCGCAGAGAACAAGAAAGAACAAAAUUGCCUUGACAUCGCCAGAGCUUUUGCGGACUCAAGGAUAAUUGACUUGGUCAAAGACAAGAUGGACUCUCUGCCCAAAGCAAAGGAGGCAGCGGAGGAAAAGGGGGGCAAGGCUCAAAAGGCAAAACCUGCUCAGGCAAAGGACGUUACUGCGGAGACAUCGGCGCACGCAGAGGCGCCGGCAGCCGCUCGUCUUCAGAGGGAUUCCAGGAGCGUCACCCUGAUGAACACCAGGAUUAUGAGGAGGAGAACCAACACAGUGGAUAUCGCCUUUGUGCCAAAAACGGUUUGGGGGAAGCCGCCCACCACCAGUCAGCUGAUGUCAAAGAUAGAGAGACGGAAGGAGCUCUUGUCCCUGGAGGCGGACUUUGACGACUUCAUGAUGCCGUUCAGCCAGAACAUACAGAGGCUGCAGCCGGCAUCCACCUCGGACAAGACCCAAAGGAGGUCCGGCAGCACCAAAUACUCCCCACAAACUGUUCCCUGAGGCCACCUGCAUCCAUCACAGACGAUCGAUUGUUACGGCUGCUUACCAGGCAUCAUGUCGGUAUCAGAACAACGUCAAUAACUAAUGUUAAUGGACGAGUAAUUUAGUCACAAUCAUCUCUAAUAACACAAGAAAUUCUUGCAAAUCACCUAAAAUAAAGUGAUUUUAUAGGUGCGUCCCAUCCAGUAGUGAGCAUAAUACCGUUUUUGCCUGUUGCUUGAACACUAUCGACACAGGUUUAAACAAAAGUAACAUAACUUGAAGUUGUUGUAACUAUACCUUAAACAAACGUGCUGCUUUGCACUUUAGUUGCAAUUCUGUAACACACUUGCUCCUUUUUGCAACACACUUGCUCCUAGACACUACAAACUGUUUCAUAUAUAAGACACUUAGUUCAAAAAUUAAAUCUCAGGGUACCAUUGGGAAAACACAUCUAUUCAAAAUACAACACACAUUGGUUAAUUGAAAAGACUUAGACACACACCUGAAAACACUGAACACUAAACAGCCAGCUACAAAAAGGCCCCAGUAUAAAGUAGACUAGUGUGUUGCUGCUGAUCUGAAAGUGUAUUCAUAUUAUGCAUGUAUGUGUCAUUUUGUCAUCAGAGUUGCAUUUUGACGAAGGAAGGUUUUGAUAGUAGAGUUUCAAUUUGACACAGAUGGUAUAUUUCCCAGUGUUGUGUCAUGUUUACUUGCGUUUAGUGUUUUGGGACAAUGAGCGCAAUUUUACAAAAUGUGUUCAAGCAACGGGCAAAAACUGUAAUACGGGUAGAUGAAAUCCAGCAUUCUGAUUGAGAGUGAGUCACAAGGUGUACUAUAUUAAAGCAAUAAGGUACGACUUUAGAUAGUUAGGCCCAAUGCGCACUGUGAGUAUACCCACAAUGCUUAGCAGGUACUAUUUGUGUAUUGUCAAGCACAAAUAUACGUAUAUGCUGUAUAUUAUUUAAUACACUGGAACACACGUAAAUACACAUACAUGUACUAUCUCUGAUAGGUUAAAGUUGGGACUGUCUGAAAUCACAUGACCCUUACGUUGAUAUAUCAUCAAAUAUACGCUCAUGAUGUAGCUCUCCCUUUGUGUGUGAUGUUGACUUCUCACUGCUUGUUCACGGAGCCGGACUGCCUGCAUUUCCCCUUUAGUGUGAGUGCAUGUAAGUGCAUGUGAGUGCAUGUGAGUGCACGUGAGUGCAUGCUCAUCUGCCACCUUUCUGCACUGCUACAACUGGCCACGCAGCCCAGAAACAUAGCAGCCUCCCUACAGCCCCCCUCCCAGACCACCUGGUCUGAAGGAAAGUGCUGAGAGGAGGAGACCGACUGGAACAUCGUGUGACACACACACUGGGACAAAUGCUGCAGUCACACAAAGC